AUGUCUCAGAAGAAGAAAAAGAAGCUCACAGUACAGGACACGGAAGUCAUAAUGGGAACUAACGGGACAAUUGUCCAGAAGUUAUUGGACGGCAACUCCAAUAAUCACGAAUCGGAUGAAAGAUUACGGAAUAUAUCCGAAGGAAACAUCUCUAUUGUUGGCCUUAAGAGAAGGGUUGGACUAAUCAGUGGUACAGCACUUAUUGUGGGCACAAUGAUUGGAAGCGGAAUCUUUGUGUCACCAAAAGGAGUGCUCGAGAGGUCUGGUUCUGUGGGCCUUAGUUUACUGAUAUGGACGGGUUCUGGUCUCAUAUCUCUAUUAGGUGCGUUAUGUUAUGCAGAAUUAGGGACAUUAAUAACCAAAUCCGGUGCUGAAUAUUCAUAUAUUCUCGAGGCAUUUGGCGGUCUCUUAGCGUUUCUCUUUUCGUGGAUCUCUGUAUUUGUGUUAAAGCCGGCGAUGUUAGCCAUCAUAUGCAUGACUCUAAGCGAAUACGCUGUUCAGCCAUUCUUCGUGGGCUGCCUUCCGGGCGCACCACUAAUCAAACUCAUUACCGUCUUUUCCAUAGUCACCAUAACAUUCGUCAACUGCUAUAGCGUUAACUUAGCGACCAGUACUCAGAAUGUCUUCACAGCCGCCAAACUGUUGGCCAUCAUUAUUAUUGUCAUCGGAGGUAUCGUUCAGUUAUGUCAGGGAAAGACUGGACUCAUUUCGAAGGGUUUUAAGGGAUCAAAAUAUUCGCUCUCAGAUAUCGCCACAUCCUUUUACAGCGGGCUCUGGGCUUAUGACGGAUGGAAUAAUCUUAAUUACGUGACUGAAGAGCUCAUUAAUCCAUUCAGAAACCUUCCGCUGGCCAUCAUAUGUGGCAUUCCUAUGGUUACCAUUUGCUAUGUUCUCGUCAACAUCUCAUAUAUGACUGUGAUGACAACGGAUGAGAUUCUUGCCUCCGAUGCGGUCGCUGUGACAUGGGGUUCUCAUGUAUUGGGAAUGGCAGCCAUAAUAAUGCCCAUAUCAGUAGCCCUUUCAUCAUUUGGUGCCGGCAAUGGAUCGUGUUUUACAAGCGGAAGGUUGGCGUUUGUGGCGGCACGAGAGGGACACCUGAUAGAUGUGCUAUCAUUCGUCGAUAUGGAGCGAUACACUCCAUCCCCGGCUCUCAUAUUCAAUGCAUUCCUUUCAAUAUUAAUGGUAAUUCCGGGAAAUAUUGAAAGCUUAAUCGAUUUUUUCAGUUUCACGGCCUGGCUGUUUUACGGGGCCACCAUGCUCGCACUCAUCGUUUUGAGAUACAAACACCCCUAUAAAGACAAGUCUAGGCCUUAUAAAGUUCACCUGAGUAUACCAGCCGUGGUAUUCCUGAUAUCGAUAUAUCUGGUGAUCGCACCGAUCAUUGAAAAGCCACAGAUUGAAUACCUUUACGCCACGCUUUACAUCGUCUCCGGAAUAUUAUUCUAUAUUCCUUUCGUUAAAUACAGGAUUAGAUUUCCUCAUCUUAUCAGUGAGUCUAUCAUUCAAUAUUACAUAACAAACAAAUGCCAACUCAUGCUAAAAGUGGUGCCGUGUGAGUACGGACCCGAUCCGGACAACUGACACCGAAUACAAUCCACUGCUAAAUGAGUGAUGAGAGCCAAACCCAUCUACAAAACGAAUAAUAUAAAAAGUUAUAUUCAAAUCUGUCCAAUAAAUCAAAUAAUACAUUUAUUUGAUUGUAAAUUACAGUAGAGUACAGUAUUUCAGUGCAAUAUAACAGUAGUUUUUAUGAAUAUUUAAUGUUUAUUAUUUAUUAGACUAUUUUUACUGCUAAACAGUUCAACAAUUUUACUGACUUUUAUAAACAACAUUUAACUAUUAUUUUUUAACUAUAAUUUCGUUAAUAAUAUUUGGUUAAUUUUAUUAAAUCAAAAAACAUCGGGC